AUGGACGAUGUCAAUAACGCCGAUGAAUUGGAGGAUGAGGAGGAAAGGUUGAUCAUCAAUGGUGGUGCCGGUAUACCCAUAGGUCCCGAUGGCGUUCCCAAACCUCUAUUACCACCUAUCGCACCACAACAUGUCGGACGAAAGUGUCUUGUUCUGGAUCUCGACGAAACACUUGUGCAUAGCAGCUUCAAGUCGAUACAGCAAGCUGACUAUGUUGUUCCUGUGGAGAUCGAGUAUCACUGGCACAACGUCUACGUGAUCAAACGACCCGGAGUCGACAGUUUUUUGAAGAAAAUGGGGGAGAUAUAUGAAGUGGUAGUAUUCACGGCGAGUUUGAGUAAAUAUGCUGAUCCGGUGUUGGACAAAUUAGACAUCAAUCAGGUUGUAACGCAUCGUCUUUUCAGAGAGAGCUGUUACAAUCACAGAGGCAAUUAUGUCAAGGAUCUGUCGCAACUAGGCCGACCAAUAGCCGAUACCAUCAUUCUCGACAAUUCGCCCGCUUCAUAUAUCUUUCAUCCCAACAAUGCCGUUCCAGUGUCAUCGUGGUUCAAUGACCCACACGACACAGAGCUUACCGAUCUUGUGCCUUUCCUUGCCGAUCUUGGUACAGUGGACGACGUGAGAGGCGUCCUGGACGGUGCCCGCUAA